CAACAGUGAAGCUAGCUGGCUACUACAGUUGACUGAAUCUGUGAAUGCAACGACUUAACUGAACAAAUAAUCAGGAAAUUGGUUCCUUUGAGAAGAGCACUUCGAAGAUAAGUUGAAAAUGGCAACAGACCAUUAGCUAUUUUGAACAUCGGAUGCUGUUAUUGUGGUCACUCGUUACGGUCACGACCGUAGCUAACGAUAGCUAUCUUGCGGCUCUCUGUAUUGACAAGUAGUUAACGUAGCUAGCUUGCGUGGUGUCAACUAUUACUCGCUGUCACCAAGAGUCGGUAGCUAUCUAGUUAGAGUCUUAUUGAAACCUCCACUAUAGACGUUGAAACGUGAACGUUAGCUAUCUGAUUUGUGGCGUCUCUUUUAUAACCCACCUCCUGCUAACGACGUCCAGCUAGUUGUUACUAGCUACCUACUAAGUUAUCCAGUAACAAUAGUGUUUAGCUAGCUAACUUAGGUAGCUAUACUUUUUUUUAUUUUUGGUAACGUUCGCUUCAGAGUAGCUACCAUUGCUACAUUGAUCAAUCUGUUCUGACACAAAUUUCCUCUGGACAUUGGGAUUCUGGGGCGAGCAGAACAGUAUUUAAAGAGCAUGUCUACCUCCAACUUCAAAAACAAAUGUGUCACUCAAGUGAAUUGUAUAUACUGUGAGAGUCUACUCUGCACAAGAGGAAUGAAGGCAGUACUUCUUGCAGACACAGAAAUUGAGCUGUUUUCUACGGACAUACCGCCCAACAGGUAAUCAAUAUAGCCACUGUUGUUUUGACAUGAUCACUGAAUGUGUGGAAGGAGUUGUGACAAAUGAGCUAAUAUUAUGUUUUCUAUGGGGAUCUCUCAUCAAUGUCAGUUGUUUUUGUUCAUAUGUUGAGUGUUUGCGAUACUGUGAGAUGUAGGAAAUACUUUAUAAAUCAACAGAAGUUCUUAUCCAUUAUCGCACUCUAUGGCUAGAAUGAGAUGGUGCCCCUUUGUUCUUUCUAACAAUCCCCAUAACAUCCCCCACCUCCUCUUCUAGAACUGUUGACUUUGUGGCCAGCUGCUACUCUACAGAAAGCUGCAAAUGCAAACUGAGAGAUAUCGCCUGCCUGAAAUGGUAUGUAUUUAAUGUUACUGUAAUCACAGAUUUGCCUACUCACAUUACUCUAACCUGUUUGCAUCACCAUAUAAGCCUAUUUGCUUUAUGUUUACAAAAUAGCAGCGCAACACUGCUGUGGUUGUUUUGGUGUGGGGGGGGGGGGGGGGGGGGGGGUGUUAACUUGUUUAUUCAUAUUUAUCUUGAAAAAUACCAAUGUAAAUGCAUGCAAAUGUCCAUGUGUUGUGCUAAAGUAGGAAAGUUGUUCAGCCAGCAGUUUGGUGGGUACAGUGAGGCUUUUGUCAGGCCCCUUUUGUAUCUCCGGUGCUUUGUUGUUGUUGUUCACAGGGGUAGAUAAUAGACACCUACUGCCUACUGAUAGUUAGCACUUUCACAGGUGCGCCCUAUAAAAAGCUGACACGUUUUUUGUUUCUCUCAUCCUCCCGCCAUAUCUCUCUUUCUCUAUCUAUUUCCCACUCCCUCUUUCUGCCUCCCCUCUCUCCCCCUCUUCAGUGGUAAUGUUGUGGGGUAUCACGUGGUAGCUCCCUGUAAGCCUUGCUUGCUGUCCUGUAACAAUGGCCAUUUCUGGAUGUUUAACAGUAAUGCUGUGUCCACCCUCAACAGACUGGAUGCUACAGGUUAGAACUUCUUCACUCACUGGCUCCCAGAACACUGACCUCUUACAGUACCUGUUCAUGAACAAUACAGACUGUAUCCCAUGAGGAAUGUCCUAAACCCAAAGACUUAGUCAAAGUAAAUGUAAAGAAGAAUUUCCCCUAAAUGCAUCGUUUGUGACAAGAUACAAUAUCAAAUUCAAUACCCUCUGCAACACCGACUGACACCACACAUUGUAAAUGUGUGGCAUUAUGUGUGUACUCUUCCUAUAUUUACUACCGCAUCAGUAAGCACCAGUAUAAAAAAUGUAGAGGUUGAAUAUAUUAUAUGGGGUCGUUGUGCAACGCCUGGAUGCCAGCCUGUUUCUGCUUUAGACCAUUUUUGAUUGACUUCGCUAGUUGGCGAGGAAAGACUUCAUUAAACUGCUGCACCACACAGUCUGCCACACACAAACGUUGGUGUUGACUGCGUCUUUUGUUGCAGGUUUAAACCUGUUGCUGUGGGGAGACCUUCCCGAGCUAGAGGACAGCGAGAACGAGGAAUCAGAAAGCCCAUCAGAGGAGGAGUGCAUUAGGUAGAGAAGGAUGAGAGAUGGAGGAGCAAGACGUUACCCUGUGACCUACCAGAGCCCCCAGGAACAGACAAAGAAGCAGUGAGAGAAAGAGGAGAGGGGGCUUACCCUGUGACCAUAUCCCCCUUCCCAACAUCUGUACGUUAGAAGCACACAACCCUCUCACAGUCCGAUCUCGCUCUCUCUCCCUUUC